ACUCUUCAUGGUGCAUCCAAGAGUAGCGUCGAAUCAACUGUUGCCUUUUCAAUGUGUAAGCUUUCCAAGAGCUCAGGCAUGUUCCGGCAUGUGAGUAACAAUCGAACAAUUUUAAUUGAACACGAAUUCAUCAUUCAAAUUUAAUGGUCCGUUGCUCUGAGAGCCUGGUGUUCUGCUCUCGAAAAGAAGUCUUGCCAACUGCCAGGCACAGCUAAUUCGGCCAAACCGGUUGGUAGAAUUCGGCUCGGCAAUUCUGCCGCAACGCAUGUGUGUCAAUCACGGUUGAACGUUCAAUGUUCAACGCCCAAGUCGAUCGUGCCCACGUAACGCUGCAUGAAAAACCCAUGACGCCAUACGUUCCCUGCCAUGGCGACGCUCCUUUUAUACUUAUGUUCACUUCAGAAAUACUCAUUCUAGAUACGAACGCUAUUUCCCCCUCACAAACUUUUGGCUUAUUCGACCGUAAUGCGUCUUCUUGCUGUGUUUGCGACUCUGCUCGCAGUGGCCGCCGCCAGCGGUCGUUUGAUGACCAUGCAAGAGAUGAACGAACACCGAAUCGAGGCAGCAAAACGUUGGCAGACUAGUGGCUCUCAGAAUGUAAAGAGCGGCGGUGUUCAGAAUAUCACAUUCACCAACCCCAAGGCUUCAGAAUUUUACGUCGAUGGCAAAUCCCUUCCUCUUGUUGACUUCGACGUUGGUCCUAGCUGGGCGGGUCUUCUGCCCAUCAGCAACAGUCCUAAUGAGACUCGCAAGCUCUUCUUUUGGUUCUUCCCUCCCGGCCCCCAAGGGAGUCUUGAUGAUUUGAUUUUUUGGACGAAUGGUGGACCUGGCUGCUCCUCCCUCGCAGGUUUGCUGCAAGAGAAUGGGCCUUUCACUUGGUCCUGGGGUCAGGCAGCACCAACGGUGAACCAACACAGCUGGACCAACCUGUCCUCCGUCCUUUGGAAUGAGGAUGAUGUUGCUGCUCAACUCGUCGGCUUCAUGCAGCAGUUCCUUGAAGUCUUUGCGGAACUCAAAGGUAAAAAGCUGUAUUUAUCGGGUGAAAGUUAUGCUGGAAUGUACGUGCCUUGUGAGUCAGCAGUCAUCUUCUUUGAACGUAACUCUAAGACAAAUGAAGAUAUCGCAAACUAUAUCUACGAGAACCCGAGUCGGCUAGACCUCUCGUUGCAAGGGAUAUGGAUCAAUGAUCCUAUAAUCUCGUGGCUUGUGGUGCAACAGGAAAUCCCUGCAUUGGACUUCGUGAAAAAGCACGCUAGUCUCUUCUCUUUUGAUCAAACGUACAUGGACCACCUCGACAAGAUGGCCGCGACGUGCAAUUACACUGGCUACAUGGAUAAGUAUGUGACAUACCCUCCAAAAGGACUUCUUCCCCUGCCAGGAGACUCUACCGAUUUUGCUCAAGGCUGCGAUAUCUGGACCGACAUUUGGUUUAGUGCGCUGAUGAUCAACCCCUCUUUCAAUAUGUAUCGCAUCUGGGACACUUAUCCGCUUCCGUGGGAUGUCCUAGGUUUUCUAGACAUGCAGUCUCCAAUCUACUAUAAUCUAACAGACGUAAAAGAAGCUAUCCACGCUCCCGUGAAUACCGACUGGUUUGCAUGUAGUCCUGAUGUCUUCGAAACUGAAGAUAGCAGCUUGCCCCCUGCCUUCACUGUAUUACCGAAUGUUAUCGAGAAGAGCCAGCGGACCGUCAUCGUGCGCGGCCUCGCAGACUUCAGGCUCAUUGCUGAUGGAGACAGAAUUGCUAUUCAAAAGCAAACGCCUAUCGCCAAUGACAGCUUCAUUCUCGAUGGCGUGGGUGCCUACGGGUCGAUGCACUCAGAACGAGGACUCACUUAUUAUGAGGUAGCCUUGAGUGGACACAUGGUGCCACAGUUCGCGCCAGUAGCCUCCUUCCAGAUUAUGCAGUACCUGAUGGGAUUUAGAGACACUCCUUAG